AUGGAGAAUGAAGAUGGGUACAUGAUGCUGAAUUUCAAGAAUGGUUGUAAAUCCAAGCAGAAAUCUAAAGAUUUCUCCCUGUAUCCACAAUGUUACUGUCUUCUGCUCAUAUUUGGAUGCGUUGGGAUCCUUAUUUUCAUUAUGACAGUGACUGACCUGUUCUGGCGUGAAUAAAAAAUGGAUUUCUCUCAGAAUGUAAAUAUCAGCAGUCCAUCAGGACAUAAUUAUUUGUGCCCAAAUGACUGGCUGUUGAACCAAGGGAAAUGUUAUUGUUUUUCAACUUCUUUUAAAACGUGGAAAGAGAGUCAAAGUGAUUGCACACGGCUACAGGCGCAUUUACUGGUGAUUCAAAAUUUGGAUGAGCUGAAGUUCAUACAGAACAGUUUAAAACCUGGGCAUUUUGGUUGGAUUGGAUUACAUGUUACAUCCCAAGGAAACCUAUGGAUGUGGAUAGAUGAACGCUUUUUAGUUCCACAAUUGUUUUCGGUGAUUGGACCAACUGAUAACAGGAGCUGUGCCGUUAUCACAGGAAAGCAGGUGUAUUCUGAAGACUGUAGCUCCACGUUUAAUGGCAUUUGCCAGAGAGAUGCGAUCUUGACGCACAAUAGACCCAGUAGUGUGUAAAUGUACAACAAAAUGUAGAAAUACCUUACAUGUUAAAGCACAGCCUGAUUUUAAAGACUUGAGUUUUUUAGAUAAAGUUUCUAAAAGAAAGUUUCUGCUAACAGACACCAUCCAAAAAGGAGAAAAGUAGUUUGUCCUAAAUUGACUAUAAAGACAACUUCUGAACAGAACUUUUACUCCAUACUUGGAUUUCGGUUUUGUCUUUUCCAUGGCUGUACAAUAAAAGCUAAAUAAAAAGCAAAUAGUUAUUUAACAGUUUCAUAUGUUUUGCAUUUAAAAUAGCAUAGAAUAAGACAACUUUAAAGGAAUGUUAUUUAACUAUAUGUGCUAUGUGUUAGAUGAGAAGGAAAGAAGCAACAUAUGUACAAGUAUAAUAUAUGAAACAUGGAAUAAUUGUGAAUUUUUCAUUUGGGUAUUGUAGCCUGAAGUGUUUGGUGGGGAGUGGGUGCUGAGAAAGAACCUAAUUGAUAUCAUGCAAACUAAUCAGGUGAUGGAUAAACUAAAAGCUCAGAUUUCACCACUAUGUGAUAUAUCUAUGUAACAAAAUUAUGCUUGUACCCCUUAAAUUUAUACAAAUAAAAUAAAGUCAUGUGGCCAAAUACUUUAACAACAGAAAAGAAUAAAAGCAAAUCUGUGCAUGUAAAUAAAGAAUUGAAAGAAAUAUGUAUGGAUGUUAACAGUACCUAUUUUUUUUCUUUAGUGAAAUACAAAUGUAUUUCAUUUUCUAUCCAAAUAUAAAAUGCUAAUGUAACGCUUUUAAA